AUGGCUACCAAGGCCAGCAAGGCUUUCAACCUCCGGCUCAGCAACAGCCUUACAAUCAACCACAGCAGCAGCAAAGCUACUAUCAGCCAGGGCCGCAGAUGGGUUACCCCAACCAGCACCAAGGACCUUAUCCUGCGGGCCAAGGUCCAUAUCCUCCGCAAGGACAAUACGGGCCUCCUCAGGGACAGUAUGGACCCCCUCAGGGCCAAUACGGUCCAGGCUACGGUCCUGGCUAUGUUCCACAAGAGCGACGAGAUAAUAAGUCGGGCAUCAUGA